AAGCACAAGAAGAAGAAGAGAAGAAGAAUGAAAUGAAAGAAGAAGAAGAAGAGGAGGACACGUCACUGAGGUUAACCAGGAGAAAGAAGAUGGCUAGCUCUGGCACUUUCCGCUUGUUCACCACAGCAGAAAGCUUCUUCAUAGAGCCAUGUGAGGAGGCCUGCUCUGAUGUCCUGCUCAUUGACAGGGUUUCUACUGACAUGUGUCUGACCGUGAGGAGCGCGGUUCCUGUGUCGGCUGAAACCAGGCCAAUAUGUGGAGUUAUGGGAACCAUUCGUUUGCCAGCAGGAAUGUACCUGAUAAUCAUCACAAAGAAGACGAAGGUGGGGGAUCUACUGGGCCAUGAUGUUUGGAAAGCCCAGAGUUUCGACAUCAUUUCUUACAAAAAGACGGUUCUGCACCUGAACGAGGACCAGAUGCAAGACAAUAAAACCUUCCUGUCAAUGAUCAACAGCGUGCUUCAAACUGAUGGCUUCUACUUUGCAACAGACUAUGACCUCACUCACACUCUGCAGCGCCUGGCGAACACGAGCCCCGAUUUCCACGACCUGAGUCUCCUGGAGAGGGCAGAUCAGCGUUUUGUUUGGAACGGCCACCUGUUACGAGAUUUUAUGACCCAGCCGGAGCUGCACAAGUUUGUGUUUCCGGUUCUCCACGGCUUCAUUAGCAUUAAAUCCAGCUCCAUCAACGGGAAGAAGUUUGAGUGGAUUAUAAUCUCCAGAAGAAGCUGUUUCAGAGCGGGGGUCCGGUACUACGUCCGAGGUAUUGACUCAGAAGGCCACGCUGCAAACUUUGUAGAAACGGAACAAAUAGUUCAGUACAACAGUUUCAAGGCUUCCUUCGUCCAGACCAGAGGCUCCAUCCCUUUCUACUGGUCUCAAAGGCCUAAUCUGAAGUACAAGCCAAAGCCACAGAUCAGCAAGGCGGUUAACCAUUUAGAUGGAUUCCAGAGGCAUUUUGAUUCUCAAGUCAUUCUCUAUGGAAGACAAGUCAUUUUGAACUUGAUCAACCAGAAAGGUUCAGAAAAACCCUUGGAGUUGGCGUUUGACAAGAUUGUAACCAGCUCGGGUAAUGGGAUGAUCAAGUACAUCGCAUUUGACUUUCAUAAGGAAUGUAGUCGGAUGAGGUGGCACCGCCUUCAGAUCUUGCUGGACGUCGUUUCUGAAACACAGGAGGACUUUGGGUAUUUUCUCGUGGAUGCUGAGGGGAAGGUACAGUUAACCCAGGAGGGUGUAUUCCGGAGCAACUGCAUGGACUGUUUGGACCGUACCAAUGUGAUCCAGUGUCUGCUAGCGCGGCGCGCCCUUCAGUCUCAGCUGCAGAGAAUGGGACUUCUUCAUAAGGACCAGAAAAUUGAAGACCAGGCAGAUUUUGAGAAGAUCUACAAGAAUGCCUGGGCAGACAAUGCUGAUGCUUGUGCCAAGCAGUACGCUGGAACUGGUGCCUUAAAAACAGACUUCACCAGGACGGGAAAGAGAACUGUUCUGGGUGCCAUGAUGGAUGGCUGGAACUCUGCAAUCAGAUAUUACAAGAACAACUUCUCAGAUGGCUUCAGGCAGGACUCCAUAGAUCUGUUCCUUGGGAACUACGCUGUGGAUGAAGCGGACUGGACCACCCCACUGCAGGACCGCAAAGACUGGAAGUUUUUAACUCUGCCCAUCGUCAUGGUUGUAGCUUUUUCUAUGUGCAUCAUCUGUCUGCUGAUGGCUGGCGACACGUGGACUGAGACCUUGGCUUAUGUUUUGUUCUGGGGAACAGCCAGCGUUCUGACGGGAGGCCUCAUCAUGUUUAACGGCCGGGACUUUGUAGACGCUCCCAAGCUGGUCCAGAAAGAGAAGCUGGACUGAAUGUGUGUGUGUGGAAAGCAGCUCGGCCCUGGCGAAGCGAACACGUCGUCCCUCCUCCCCCAUCGGCAUCAGCAGGCCUGGAGCCUUUAUUAGCCAGCGUAGCAGCAAAGGAGGGCGAUGGACCAGAACCAACCCAGGUUCAAACGGCAGAGAACCGGGAGCGGCAGCGCUGAGGCCUGCUGCUCUCCACACGGCACUCGUUAUGGUGGACAGGACUCUGUUCACAGGUUUUAGAAUAAAACCACAACUUGUUGACUGUCUUCAGUUAAGAAGAAUGAUCCUUUGUGUAAAGGACCUUUUUUUUCCUCUUUAUGGAUCAUUAAUAUCUGAUGAUCAGACUCCUCUACAUGUAUGUUCAUACUGCUCAUGUUUUAUACUUGCAUUUGUCCAAUAGUUUCAAUAUUGUUCAACCUGGUUGAAAGUCUGGAACAUUAUCUUUUGAAGAUUCUCAGAAAAAGCCUUGAACUCAACACUGUUUCUGACAUUUUGAAUUGAAAAAGGUUCCUGGAUGAGAAGAGAAACGUCUUCAAACUCGGAAACAAAGUCCAGUGGAUCGUUUUUUAAAACUUUUUUGGAAUUAUAUUUUAGUAGAACAGCACUCGGAAGGCAACUAUAGUUCAGUGGGUAAAGCAGCCAUCUGGCAAUCAGAAGGUUGUUGGUUUAAUUCCAUAUUUCUUUCCCAUAUCAGGGGAACAAGACGGAGAUCUUGGUUUAUUAAAUGUCACAUAUAAUGUGAAAGCAUCAAAAAAUUGCUGUAAAAGCUCAACCAAAACUUUCAGAUUCAUCUCAUCUUAAAGCUGGAAGUAUGUAAUGGCUAAUGUAAUGUAAAGUCAGACAUCUAAAGAAACCAGUCAGUCUAAGGGAUUAAAGUUUAGAACUGAA